CAAAAUCAAGUUCGUUGCUACGGACGACGGGUCGAAGAGGGGGUGGUUUCCAACAUGUCCGCCACUGGUAUAUAAACUGGGGGGUUACAAUGAGCAUCUCAUAAAACUGUCAGAGCGUGCUGCUGUCGCAUCGCACUUUGCUCCGUCUCCCUGCUUUGCUCCGCUUCGCACACGACGCUUUGUCAGUUUUUUCUAGUUGAUCCAUUGCAUUUCUUUGGUGAAAUGGCCGGAUUACGAGAACCCUGGGCCCUAUGGACGAGCAGAGACCCUGAUGGCGCUACCAGCUUCAACAUGGCAAGGUGUCUGACGGACAUUGACGAGGACAUCGUCAAUCUGGAGGACCAGGAAGGGGACGUGAAUGAGGGCACCGAAUGCCCCAUCUGUCUUCUGGCUCUGGAGUUGCCUCUGCGCUUGCCCUGCUGCGGCCAUUUAUUCUGCUUUGAGUGCAGCUGGAGCAGAUUGAAUCGCUGCGCUAUGUGCCGAACUCCAGUGCCACGCGAAUUCUUGGACAAGCCCGAAGAGUUCCUCAGCAGUCCCCUUCCACAGCCAGCCACACAGUUCAGCUGGAUUUUUAAGACCAGCGCCGGCUGGUGGCGUUUCUCGCCGCGCCAGGAGCAGGCGAUAAGGCGGGCGUUGCGUUCAGGCACACCUGAGCUCAAACUCAUCGUCGCGGGCAAGGAGGCUACCUUGGAUUUCAAAUCGCUUUUAAUUAAGCAAAAUCUCAAGGUAGGCGCCAUUACAAUUGCCCGCAAUGGUAGCUUCGACGCUCUUGGGGUCGCUGGGCUCAAACACUGGCCGGCCUCUCCGUGACCGGCGGCUGCCAAGAAAACAGGUGAUCUCGCCGCGUGGUGGAUAACACACGUCCCUCGCGCGCCCAUUCCUCGUCCAUAUCGUGUACAUUUUUGUACAUACUAAGUUCCUACUAGUUAGUUUAUCAAUUAGUAAGUAAAGUCAAAAAUGAUAAUUUUAGAAUUUUUUUUAAUUUUAAUUUGUAAAAGUGAUUUUCGGCAUUUUUAACUUUUUUUAGCAUAAAUUUUGUACAUAAUUUAAUUUAGAAUAUUAUUAUUCCUGCCCGACAUUUCAAUGAUUACCUCCACAAGUUAUCAUUAAAUAUGUGAUGGCACAUUGUUCUGAUGAGAAAUGUCGGAAGAAAAUUUAAAGUGCUUUGCGGGUCACACAUUAACAGCUGGAUGGGAAUACCUCUUUUUUCUGACCGCCUUGGAUUUGCUCAUAAAAUGUGUACCUAAAAAUCUUGGCUAACAUGAGACAAACGCCGCAGGUUUCGUGCAAUAAUAGUCUGUAUACCAAGUCGGAAUAUUUUAAAUUUAACCCAUUUACGGAAUGUGUUAGAAAAUGUGAAAGAUAUGCUUCUAUACUUUUGUGGUAUUAUCUUUAAUUGUGUCCCUUUAUUGAGAACACGCUCGUGAAUUCAGCUGUGAAUUCUUAUACUUGUGAAGUAUUUGAAAUGACUGACCUAUUUGAAAAAUAAUAAAAUUGUUGAUACGUGCGUACCUGAAAUAAAUUGUAAAUUUUGUUUGUUUUGAUAUACUGAAAACAAUAAAGCAAA